AUGAUUGGCGAGAACCCGUUGACUGCUGCGAACCUUGAUAUCGUGGGCGCGUUAGCCCCUACGCUCACCCUUCUGAUGACUAAGCUCUUCCGGCAACUCUGCGACAGAGCACAGAGCCACAUACAGAAGGCAAAAUGGCAGCAGAAAUAUUACGCAGACAAAAAACGCCGAGCUGUGGAGUAUGCAGUGGGCGACAAGCUAGUUCCCCACCGCCCCCGCCCUCCACACUUGGUUCCCCCGAAAGCUGACGCCGCCUGGCCCCCUAUCCGCAAUACAGCAGGCAAUCCGACGGAGGAGUACGAGGUCGACUAUAUUAUGGACCAACGCGGCUCAGGCGCGGACGCCCAGUACCUCGUGAAGUGGUGCGCUAUUCAAGCCCUAUUGCAGUGCCUGUGCACUACAACUGGGCUGCAUCUCCCGAGCGGCGUUGGUCCGCAUAUAGUCGACUUCAUAUUCCCCUGUUGGACUGCCUGCUGCAUCGCAGAUAGGAGGCCAGGCGGCGUCGGCUUCCACGGGAACCAAAUCGGGAGGGCGGGGGCGGUGAGGAACUAG